CCAUGUUGAUAUUAGUGGGGACCAUUUUUGGCAUCGGAUUGUGAUGUUGAAGUCGUCACGAGCUUCGUUGAGGAAAAAUACUGUUCUACUACCUGUAAUUCUUACGAGUUAUUAACAGAAAUCGGUUUUCAUGAAAAACCGAAGGGUGCUGCUGUACGUACGGUAUGGAACGAGUGCUUGUAAAACGAGUCAACAAGCAGCUAUCGAAAACUUUUUCAGCCGGUGACAAAAACUUAUCACGAUGAAGUUUGUUGCUGCUUGUCUCCUUGCAUCGGCAGCAUGCCCUGGAGUGUCGGCAUUUGCCUUCCACAGUACACCAUCUAGCAAUGUGGCUGCCAGCACUGAAGUUUCCAUGAAACGCGCAUCUUUGAAGCCAUCUUUCCAACUGAACGCUGAAACUGUAGAUUCCGAUACGGUUGCUGGUCUUCCGGAUACAAUCGAAACUGAAUAUGAACUUUUGGGACUUCCAGCAAGGCCUGGACGCCCUUUGAAAGUGGCUAUUGCAGGUGGUGGUGUUGGCGGUUUGACGGCCGCAUACUACAUGCUUAAGAAAGUACGUCGGUGAAUUUGCACGAAAAAUACUUCAGAAAGCAUUGAGAGAAUGAAGUAUCGAAAAAUGUAUACCUUGGAUUCUGAAAUUGACCUUAAUUUAUCAUUAUUUACUCACCCUAUGGCAUGUAACCGAUGAACUAUAAUCGCUUAUCAGGGCUUCGACGUGACUGUAUACGAGAAAACAUCGGAAUUCGCCCGAUUUGGUGGACCCAUUCAGUUCGCCUCAAAUGCUCUGUCAGUUCUAAAAGAAAUUGAUGAUCGUCUUUUCGAUCGAGUUAUGGAAAAAUUCACUUUUACGGGCAUUCGCACAUGUGGAAUUAAGGACGGUAAGAAUAUGAAGCAGAGAAGAGAAAUGAUACCAAACCUUUUUGGAGUACACAAAUCUGGGGCUCUUUUCGAUCAUAAAGCAGCAUCCGUUGAUUUUUUUAUUUGGUUCAAAAGUACUUACCAGCUGGAACAAAAUUACUUCUUCACUUUUAGGACUUCGAUCUGACGGGUCGUUCCGUAUGACAGAUGAUUCUCUUGAUUACCUCGUGAACCCCGAUGCUCCUGCCGAUUGGUUUGUUAAAUUCCCUUUGAAAGAGUGUGCUGAUUUGUUCGGCCUUCGUAAGUUGAUUGCCAACAUUCAUGAAGUGUUUUUUGGGGCGGCAACCUACCCUUGACAUGGCAUCAUUUUAAAUUUGUGCCUCCUUCUUGGGUGCAAACUCAUGGACUGUUUAUUUUCUCUCGCAAUUUCUUCCCUCUCUCGUUAUCCCAUUGGAAAUAUGUAUCGUCAGCUUACACUGGAGUAAUUGAUC